CCGACACUCCUCUCAGAUAUAAGGGGAGAGCGGGAGGAGACGGCGACUCCCAUCUCUUUGCUCGCGCUGGGCGUCAUGACAACGGUUCUCAUCCAUCUCGUCAGAGAGAGAGAGAGAGCGAGAGAGGAGAGAGGGGAAACACGACAGAGAAUGAGCGAGGAAUAGAGAGAGCGCGCUAGCGAGGUGUCCCUACAGUGAGCGGGAGAGACAGACAAGGUGUCCGUGCAGCAGAGAAGGUCCCCCGGAGAGGAGAACCGCCGAGGCUCGGGGGAACGGUAGCGCGAGCUACAGCCGGAGCUAACGGGCGCGCGGAUCGAGCUAGGGCCAGCUGGAGUUGAAGCGCGAGGCUGUGAGUGUUGUGUUGUCUCGUCACGAGCCUCCCGCAGAGCCGCUAUGGGAGACAAGGGCACCAGAGUCUUUAAAAAAGCCAGCCCCAAUGGAAAGCUCAUCGUGUACCUGGGGAAGAGGGACUUUGUGGACCAUGUUGAGUGGGUGGAGCCUCUAGAUGGCGUUGUCCUGAUAGACCCGGAAUACCUGAAGGAGAGGAAAGUGUUUGUGACGCUGACGUGUGCGUUCCGCUACGGCCGUGAGGACCUGGAUGUGCUGGGGCUGACCUUCCGGAAGGAUCUGUUCCUGGCCAACAUCCAGGCCUUCCCUCCUCCGCCCAGCGAGAAGAACACCGUCACCCGACUCCAGGAACGCCUCAUCAAGAAGCUGGGAGAACACGCCCACCCCUUCACCUUCCAGAUUCCGCUGAACCUGCCGUGCUCCGUCACCCUGCAGCCUGGACCGGAGGACACUGGGAAGGCGUGUGGUGUGGACUUUGAGGUGAAGGCGUUCUGUGCUGAAAACGUUGAGGAGAAGAUCCAUAAGAGGAACUCGGUGCGUCUGGUCAUCAGGAAGGUGCAGUACGCCCCGGAGAAGGCCGGCCCCCAGCCCACCGCCGAGACCACCCGGCAGUUCCUCAUGUCGGACAAACCGCUGCACCUGGAGGCGUCCCUGGACAAGGAGAUCUACUACCACGGAGAACCCAUCAGCGUCAACGUUCACGUCACCAACAACACCACCAAGACGGUGAAGAAGAUGAAGAUCUCUGUGCGCCAGUAUGCAGACAUCUGCCUCUUCAACACAGCCCAGUAUAAAUGUCCUGUGGCCGUGGAAGAGUCUGACGACCUGGUGGCUCCCAGCGCCACCUUCUGCAAAGUGUUCACGCUGACGCCGUUCCUCGCCAACAACCGCGAGAAGAGGGGCCUGGCUCUGGACGGGAAGCUGAAGCAUGAGGACACCAACCUGGCCUCCAGCACUCUGCUCAGGGAGGGGGCCAACAGGGAGGUGCUGGGGAUCAUCGUCUCCUACAAGGUGAAGGUGAAGCUGGUGGUGUCCCGGGGCGGGAUUCUCGGAGAUCUGGCCGCAAGCGAUGUGGCGGUUGAGCUGCCGUUCACGUUGAUGCACGCGAAACCCCUGGAAGACGCUCUCUUCAGGGAUGCCGCUGAUGAAGUGCCCAUCGACACCAACCUGAUACAGUUUGAUACAAACGACGAUGACAUCAUCUUCGAAGACUUUGCCCGCCAGCGCCUGAUUGGAGCGAAGGACGAGGAGGAGGAGGAGGGGGAGGGGCCAGAGACGAAGGACAGAUAGAGAGCGGAGGUCUCCUCCAACGGAGGGGCACCCAGUGUUCGUCUUCAUGUCCAAAAUUAGCCUUCUCUCCAUAGCACCACCCGGUGGGCGGCGGGAGUACUGCAGUCUAGACUAGUGUUUGAGAGGUGUGGUGGCCUGCUAGCUUAGCCACCGCUAGCAGGCGCGCAACGACAUCACACACACAUAGAGAGACUUUCUUUAAGGGCACCGGUCCCGACCAGUAACACAACACUAUAUCUGCCGAGGAGUCACCAAGGCCGGGGCAUCAAGGGUAGUUAGUCCUGCACAGUGGGUGGUCUAGGCUCUCUAACCAAUCAGAUGGGAGUGUUUGGGAGCUCUGUUUUGAUCAGCUAGA